UAUAUAAAAUAUAUAUUAUAAUUUAUAAAUUGAAACAACAAAUGAGUAAUAACCGCGCAGGGGACUAUGUCCGAUAUGAUGACGAAUGCAAUGACGUAAUCGGCCACAAUUAUCAUUCCAGACAUAUAUAUGGAGUUCACUGCCGCCUGUUUUUAAUUUUGAAAAACCACACAAAAUGGCGGCAAGAGUGCACAAUUUUGAAUAUUCCACUCAACUUUUCGGCUUUACUCCGAAGGCUUUUGUCGACGGCAUCUUCAAUGCGAUCAACGAUUACAUAAAGGAGUUCUUCAAAGAGUUGGGCAGAGUUUUAGACGACGAAUUUGCGAAAGGGGACACGAUUUUGAGCUCGACCAUCCGACAGGGGUGUAAAAACUUGAUUGAGAAAUGCUAUGAAAACGUCGACAAGGCUAUCGACAAAAUUGAAUUGUUUUUGUUGCGGAAUACGUUUGUCAUUAGUCCCAAUGUUUGUUUGCCCGAAGACGAGGUACAUAAAGAAAUAAGCGAUGCUUUGAAAAACGAGGAGAACACAGUAUUAACAGAAGAAAGUUUGGAUAGGGAAAUUUUGGAACUUAAAACUACGAUUUUGAAAGAAAUGCAUUUUGGAACGAUACUGAAAGACGAGCAACAAAGAUUGGGCAGAAUUUUAGGUGAACUGAAAAGGUUGGAGGAUUGUUUUGAUAAGAUCUGCUCUGAACUAGAUACAAACAAUGUGAAGGAAGCCAUUGAGCUUGUCUUGGCAAACAGCGUAAAAAUCAUGAACAUUUUGUCCGAUCAGAAACAUACGAAAAAAUAAUUGUAUUAUUUCUUUCCAUAGUAUUUAGUUAUGGUGCCACCUGAAUGUGAGGUCUGGGGGUACCCUGCACAUUGUAAGGCUACCCCCACACUCCAUGUAGGCAUGAAGUUGUAACGAGAUCAGUUGGUUUAUGUAUCUUCAUGUUUUUUACUGUAUAAAAGUGUAAAAAUAUAUAUAAAUUAACUUUAUUGUGUCAUUUGCUUCAAACUCAAUCGUUUUUCACCUCUUUCCAACUGUUGUGCUGAGAUUUAGUGACUUUAGUUGGAUAUAAAUGAUAUCAUUGCGAUCUUAUAAACUAAUAACUUGUUUCAUAAUACGUUGUGACAAAAAUGACCAAAAUUUACUUUGGUAAAGAAUGAUGUAAAUAUAUCUAUGACCUUUGAAAAAUUUGACGUCAAUGACGACCAUUGUGCAUAGAAUUUCAAGUUAAGCCCACGAGUACUGGGCUACUUCUGAACACGAAUCAGUUCGGGCUACGGUACCUUCUGUUUCUUUGCGAAAAUUUUUCAAUUUUUGCAAACAGAAAGCUGUGAGGUUUCAUUAACAAUUCAAGCUUAAUUUCGAUUCUAAUAACGGGAAGUGUUAAUAAUUGCAGGAACGCAAUUUUCCAAUCGAAAAAUAAUUUAAAUUUGUUACAUUUUGACACCAUGCAUAUUGGAACAUGUACAGUCAGUUAUCGCAGGCGAGAUUAAAUCCUCUAGUUAGACGUUUAAAAUAUCCAUAAUUUUACCUGGAUUGGGGAUGCUUUCAGCCUUGCAAUUAGGUGCAAUGCGUUGUACGCUUCUUAUAUUAUAAAAAAAAGCAUUUUAUGCUGUUCCCAUUGGAAUUGCAAAGGAUUCCCCAUGUUGCGUCAGUUAAUUUUGCAUUUAUAUUGAUUGGAAUAAUUAAGCCCAAAUUCGUGCAAUUCAGAUUUUCCGACCUUUCAAACAAAGCCAAAGUAGUGAAGGGAACGCUAUAUAGAAAAUUAGCUUUAUGUAUAUGACUAUAUAUGUGUAUCUAAUUGCCAUUUCAAAUAUUAAAUAUAUGCUUCAUUUCUCAUUGAUAUCUAAACGCUUUAAAACAAAGGACUUGUCUUUUUACUUAAGUUUACAAUCAACUUUACGGUCUAUAUCUAUAUAUGAGUAUUUGAAGACAUUUGUUUUUCUGUUUAUUGUAACAACAGCGGCCGCAUUUAGCAUUAUGAAGUUUGUGGCCAACU